ACAUUAAAAAAAAACAAUAACAGUCACGAACUCUAAGAAAAAAUGCUCUCAUUUUGCAGAAAAGGUGAGAGAGCUUUGGCUUUGACUUACGCUAGACAUCCCCUUGUAGUCUUUGCAGACUCCUGAAGUUUUGUUGAAGUAACGGCUUAUUUUCUUGUGUUUUGAUGCAAGAUAGAAGCUAUAACCAAGGCUGGUUCAACGUCAAAAGCGAGAAAGCAGGAUUCGACUACAUAAUUUUCCCGAGAAUGGAGACAACUUGGGAUGAAUUCUAUUAUAAAAGAUCUGUGGUCGCUGUCGUAGAAAAAUUUUUGAAAACGGUGGAUGACAUGAAGGCAACAGUGCUUAUUCCGUGUCGGCUAAUGGACAUACCGGUAACAGAGAUCCUCUAUAGCCCCUCCGCCGGCGACCCUUUUCUGAAGAAUAACAUAGACUUGUGCUCAUUUUAUUCGUUUAUGAAAGCAUUGAGGACUCAGAUUGCAUUAGGAGCAAACCAUAUCGAGGAAAAUGAAGAGCACAAUUCGCCUUUCCAGUGUGAGAUAGAAGAAACAACCCGCCAAAUAAACAAACUUGCGCUCGUUGCGAAAUACCUUGGCGCAACAGACCUAUUUUCCCAGGCUGUUCCAUUCGAUGUGUUCGAAUCUCAGGUCCGUUUUACUGAAGAAUGCACUCUUCUAGAUGCCUUAAGAAAGUUUCAAUAUGAGGUGCAAGAAAUGGAAAAGGCGAUGUUAUUCCCGAACCGACUGAAAGAUCACGAGCUAGUAGGAAAUUGGCCAAGGAUGCCGAGCAAUGUUCGAUCGCUUCAAGAUGUGUACUCCCUUUUGAAGCUACUGAAAAAAGAACUAAUCGAUGGCCCUCAGAAAUUAGAAAACUCCGAUCCAAAAUUGCAGCAAAAAUUAUCUGAUAUUUACCACACUUUACGUCAAUAUACAACAAUGACAUUAAAUCUCAUAGAACGAUACAAAAAAGAGGUGCAAUGUGCAUGAAGUGCCUUGUCAUGUUGGGCCCUGAAACUCAAUAGCCACAGAAUCUAUUAAUAAAGCAGUAUUCUAGUUUUAUAGAAAAACAUUGCUUCCCUAACAUCUAAACAUAGCAGAAAAUAUAUUUUCGUUAAUUUCCUGUUUCUUGUAAUUAGAGCUACUAGUUUGCACACUAAAUGACAAGACAUAAAUUGUGAAUGCUACAUUUUUGUUAAUACUUUUUGAAUAAAAAAUGCAGAAAAUUG